AUGCCUGCACCUCCAAAAUUGCCAAAUCCAGCUAUAGUUUACAAAAGAACGGUCAAGUCGUUUAUUCAGAGGCGUCAUCUAGCAACAAGAACGGCCGGCGACUCACCAUUUGAUCAUUUACCCAGAUCCCCACCAAAUCGUAAAUGGAUCAACUGGAAAACAACCACUGCAUUUUUUUUACUUGGAGGAUACUUGUCGUAUAAUGAGACGUUGUUUAAUCUUUAUGAAAAGUAUACUGCUGUUGACGACAAGCAAAUACUGGUCAACAUACAAGCUUUGCAAUUGGAAUACAAGUUGAAGAAUUUACCAAUAUAUCAGAAAUUGGCACAUCCGAAAAAUAACCAUCAAUGGUUCAAAUUGCUGAGCUGGGAGAAUCUUGAUAGAAAUGUGUUGGAUAAUCAGGAAUUGUCAGUCAAGACCCAAGCGGAAUAUCAUGAGCCAACGUUGACGAAUGGGACUUUGAACAAACCUGGUGGAAUCUUGAUCAAACCCGUGACAUUCCACAAUAUAGAAACCGAUGAAGGUGUAUCGAUUAUUCAUGCAGGGUACAGAUUGUGUGGGUAUCCAUUCAUAGUCCAUGGUGGGAUAAUAGCUACGCUUUUGAAUGAAACGUUUAAAAGAAAUGCGUCAUUGUCCAAAGACACAACAUCCAAUUUGAAAGACGACUUCAAAGUGGAGAACUUGACAAUCAAUUAUAAACGCCCUACUUUUGCCAAUCAGUUCCUUAUCAUAAAAACAAAGACCAAACCUAGUGACGAGAAUGACAAGAAGCAUAUUUUGUUGGAGAGUGUUAUUGAAAAUGAGAGUGGUAAAGUGUUGGUAAAGAGUCAGGCAUUGUUGCAUGAUACUGGAAGGGCAACCAAUAGAAGCAAAGAGAAGAUGAAGAAGGAAAAAAGUUGGUGGUGA